CCAAGAUGGCGUACCAGAGCCUACGGCUCGAGUACCUGCAGAUCCCUCCCGUCAGCCGCGCCUACACCACCGCCUGCGUCCUCACCACCGCCGCCGUGCAACUGGAGUUGAUCACCCCUUUCCAGCUGUACUUCAACCCCGAAUUAAUCUUUAAACAUUUCCAGGUCUGGAGGCUGGUCACCAAUUUCCUCUUUUUCGGCCCAGUCGGAUUCAAUUUCUUAUUUAACAUGAUCUUCCUGUACCGUUACUGCCGGAUGUUGGAAGAAGGCUCUUUCCGGGGCCGGACGGCCGACUUUGUAUUUAUGUUCCUCUUCGGUGGAUUCUUAAUGACCCUCUUCGGUCUGUUCGUGAAUCUGGUGUUCCUGGGCCAGGCCUUCACCAUCAUGCUGGUGUACGUGUGGAGCCGGAGGAACCCCUACGUCCGGAUGAACUUCUUCGGGCUGCUCAACUUCCAGGCCCCCUUCCUGCCCUGGGUGCUCAUGGGCUUCUCCUUGCUCCUGGGGAACUCCAUCAUCGUGGACCUCCUGGGGAUCGCCGUGGGCCACGUCUAUUUCUUCCUGGAGGACGUGUUCCCCAAUCAGCCCGGGGGAGGACGGAUUCUCAGGACUCCCUCCUUCUUGAAAGCAAUAUUUGACACGGCGGAUGACGAUCCCAACUACAACCCGCUCCCUGAAGAGCGGCCCGGGGGCUUCGCGUGGGGGGAAGGCCAGCGCCUCGGGGGCUAAAGCAGCAGUGCCCGAAGCCGGCCCCGCUCCCCGGCCAGGACCGAGGCGGACACGGACGCUCUCCACGGCCCUUCGGCGUCGGAUCCCAGAAGCACUUUACGGAACGGCGCUCGGGUUGGGUCCCGGGGCCUCCUCUCCGGCCGUUGGUCUGUCAGAACCUCUUGGACAGAGCCGUUCAUCAGCCCCGGGGAAGGGAAGCGUCAGCGGCGAGGCUGGAGAAUCAGCGAAGCCACAUUUUGCCCACCGAGGCCGGCCCGUGCACAGGACAACUGAAAUCAAGCAGAACGCGGGAGGGUUUUCUCCUUCCCUGUGCUCUUGGACGACGGCAGGUUCAGAAGGAGAGGGCAAAAUAAAAACUGAAUGUCUCUCUCUCCGGG